AGCUCCUCAUCUACCUUUUUCACUCACUCUCCUUUAAAAACUAUGUUACUAAUUUUUCUUUCUUUUUAUUUAGUUGUUUUUCGGACUUCUUGUUUUAAUUCUCUCUGAUGAUUUCACUCUCUGUUCUUCCUAAAACCCUAGCCUUUUUGUUUCUUGAGUUUUCUGCUUUUGUGGGUAUUAGGGUUUUUGGUUUCUUCACUUGAUUCUUCAUGGAUCUUGAUCAAGCAAAAUUGUUCGUGGGAGGAAUCUCUUGGGAAACCAGUGAAGAAACUUUGCAAGAUCACUUCAACAAGUAUGGGGAUGUCGUGGAGUCUGUUAUAAUGAGAGACAAGAAUACUGGGAGUGCAAGAGGUUUUGGGUUUGUUCUAUUCUCAGAUCCAUCAGUUGCUGAUAAAGCGCUUCAAGACAAGCAUGUCAUACUAGGAAGAACGGUAGAGGUGAAAAAAGCGGUACCCAGAGGUGACCAACACCAUCAUCCUCACCAACAACAGACUAAAGGUUCAAGUAGGAACAGUAGUAAUGACGGCAAUGGCAAUCAGUUUAGAACUAAGAAGAUUUUUGUAGGGGGUUUAUCUUCUAGCCUAACCGAGGAGGAGUUUAAGAGCUACUUUGAGAAGUUUGGUAGGAUUACAGAUGUUGUCGUUAUGUAUGACAGUGUAACCCACAGACCCAGAGGUUUUGGGUUCAUAACCUUCGAUUCCGAAGAAGCCGUGGAGAGUGUGAUGCAGAAAAACUUCCAUGAGUUGAAUGAUAAAUUCGUGGAGGUCAAGAGGGCUGUGCCCAAAGAUGGGAAUAGCAGUGGUAACGGCAACGGUACUAAUACUAAUACGAGAGCAGGUGGUGGAAGAGGGUCUCUAUGUGGUAGUUACCGAGGUGUAGUUCACCCAUCUUACAGCCCCAGGUAUUGGAUGUUCCCUGGUUAUACCCCUCCACCCCUUCCUGGGUUUGGAGGUAUUGGAGGCUACCCUUAUGGAGCAAACACAUAUGGAGGAGGGUACUCUAUUGGAGGAUACAGUGGAAUUGGUUAUGGCACACCUCCAAUUGCCGUCCCUAGGAGUCCUUGGUAUGGCCCAGCCAUGGUUGGUGCUAGGCAGAGUCCAGUUCUGUAUGGAGAUUCUGCAAUCUAUCCUGGCUACAUGAAUGGUGGAGUUGGUGGGGUCUUGGGGAUGACAGCUGGUGAUCAUCUUGGGAUUAUUAGGCCUGCUGCAAAUGGGAAGUGGAAUCAGGGCAUUGGCGGUGAUACACAGGUGCCUGCCAACACAAUGCCACCACAAAAUGAUGGUGGAAAGUUGGAGGAUGAUCCCACAGGUUUCAGUGGAAGCAAUGGUGCUGGUACAGUCAAGCAGAACAAGAGGGGACCUGAUGGACGGCAUAGUUCUUGUCCUAUCACUAAUGCUAGUUGAAUUCUUUGUAUGUCUUUAACAAUCAUUUGAGGUCAGUAAAUUUUUAUACAAGUAGACUUGAGCUUCUCACUUUCAAUCUUUGGAUGUUUGCUUCUUUGUUUAAAGUUAUCCUCUAUGUGUGUCAUUCAUUUCAUCGUGCAAUUUCCUCAUGUAAUAUAUUCGUCAGUGAAGUCCAAAUUAUUGCCCUGUAGUCACUUUUCAAUAAGCUUUGGUGGCAAUGAGAAAUUUGGUGAACUAGCUGAAGUGUU